AUAACACACCUACCAGCCGAAGCUACCAAAAACCAACACCAACAGGGUAGCUCACUAGCUCUCGCCUGUUUCGUUGGAGCGACUAAUGGCAGUGACUACGCGAGCAUGCUUCGUUGUGGCUCUCGCCUUUCUCUUCAUGGAGGGUGCAGCGGCGGGGACUGCAGGCGGGCAGCGGCGGUGGCAGGUGCAAAACCUUCUCAGGCGGCUCAACAAACCUCCUCUCGCCAGCAUUCAGAGCCCAGAUGGAGAUAUCAUAGACUGUGUGCACAUUUCCAAACAGCCUGCAUUCGAUCAUCCUUUCCUCAAGAACCAUACCAUCCAGAUGCGGCCUUCUUAUCACCCUGGUGGUUUAUAUGAUGACUCCAAAAUUGAAACACAACCAAUUACCCAAUUAUGGCAUCAGAAUGGCAAGUGCCCUGAAAACACCAUACCGAUCCGAAGGACCAAGGAGGAGGAAGUGCUGAGGGCCAGCUCUAUCAAGAGGUAUGGCAAGAAGAGACCUGGGAGCAUCCCAAAACUUGUUUCUGUUGAUGACCCUGACGCUAGUGCAACAAUUGGUCACCUGCAUGCUGUAGCGUCUGCAUUGGUUGACAAAUACUACGGAACAAAAGCCACCAUUAAUUUGUGGCAACCAACGAUUGAGAGGGGCAAUGGCUUCAGCCUGGCCCAACUAUGGAUCACAGGGGGGUCCUAUCAAGGCAAUGAUCUCAAUACCAUUGAAGCAGGAUGGCAGGUUUACCCAGGGAGGUAUCAUGAUAGUAAUACUAGGCUCUUCAUCUACUGGACCCGUGAUGCAUACCACCAAACAGGAUGUUACAACCUAGGCUGCCCAGGGUUCAUUCAGACAAACAAUCAGAUCGCCAUCGGUGGCAGCAUCUCCCCAGUCUCAAUAUAUGGUGGCUCGCAACGUGAUAUCGAUAUUUUAAUCUGGAAGGAUCCAAAGGGGGGCAACUGGUGGUUGCAAGUAGGAAACCAUAUUUUGGGCUAUUGGCCAUCGUCCAUCUUCUCUUACUUGUCAGACAGUGCCUCCAGUGUUGAAUGGGGCGGUGAGGUAUACUCACCGGACGCCGGCCAGACUUCCACUGAAAUGGGUAGCGGACACUUCCCAGAGGAAGGGUUCGGCAAGGCUAGCUACAUCAAGAACAUCCAAGUCGUAGAUUCAUCCAACAAUCUCAAAUUCCCAAAUGGUGUGGUUUUGAUAGCUGAGCGAUCCAGCUGCUAUAAGGUGCAGAAUGGUGCCAAUAGCGACUGGGGCACUUACAUCUACUAUGGCGGACCUGGGAGGAGCCCUAACUGCCAAUAGUAAAAUUUGAACUACGUUUGGAGCCCAAGCAUCUCGUUGAUACAUGAUGAAUAGUUGAAAUACCCCUGUAAACUAUGCAUUUUGCAUUAUUAGAGGGCCAAUAAAGUAUUGUUGGUGUCUACUAGCACAUUAUGGUUUGGUGUUCAAGGGUCAAUUGCUAAGUAUA